UGUGGCGGGUCAAGCUUCAGAAUCGAACAUCACUUCCGUCAGGGAAAGCCUCCUCCUUCCCUUUCUCAUCACCUUGCCGUCCCUUUUGGUUUUACAGUAUUCUCCUUACCGGCGUUUGGACCCGUGCUUCUACCCCGUGGUCAAUCCUAACAUAGCUCCAUCGGUUACCGGCGCCUGCAUAAACUUGAUCUUCUGUGUUGCCAUUUAGGCCUGUCAAGGGGGAGAGAAGGCUGGUCCCACCUACCAAGCUUUUCUGACCAUUCCAAAUUAUCAUAGAUAUCCUACCCUCCUCUUGGUCUCCUUCGCCUUCUUACUUUCACCUCUUCUCACUCCCCCUCCCCUCCUUCCUCCUCCCUUUCCCUCUCUUCCCACCACUCUUUCUCUUUCUUCCUUGGUGGUCAACGCUGGUUUCGUCAGAGUACGGGGGCUUUUCACUUUACCACUACUGCACCUUCGUUAUUAUUCAUAUCUCUACUAUUUUGGUAGUUUUCUAAUAUCUCGCUCUGCUUUUGCUCCGUUUCAAUAGUACGAGCUCGACUUCAUUUCUUGAGCGUUAUCUUUUAUUGUGCUCGUCGCUGGCCGACCUAAUUGCCGACUGCAAUUAAAUAGCUCCCAAGUCUAGCCGCCGAUUGAUAUAGCUGUUUCAGCAGCGAUUCUGCCCGGCGCCUGUCCUUAAAAAGUCCGGCUUCCGCCCCCCGGAAUUUUUUUGUGAGCCCAGAAUUAAUAACUCAAUCAAUCAGCGAAAAUGGGUCAAGAAUCCUGGUGGCAUCGGGAGUUGACGGGGAGAAGAUUGUUAUUUUGGAUAUUUUGGUGGGGCGUGCAUUGGGGAUUGUUCGCUUAUGGAUGGUGGGUUUGUUGGGCUUUCAUUCUGCUCGCUUUGCUAAUUUUCAUUUAGGUGGAAGCAGGCCGGUGACCCCAGACUGGCCGGUCUCAACACCCUUCAGUAUUCGGUGUGGAUGUCGCGAGGUGCUGGAUUGGUUCUGUGUUUUGAUGGUGGAUUAAUUGUGUUGCCUAUGUGCCGUAAUAUCUUGAGGGUUGUUAGGCCCAAGAUCAAGUGGCUGCCGUUGGACGAGAGUCAGUGGCUUCAUAGACAAACGGCUUAUUCCAUGCUCCUGUUCACCAUCAUUCACACAACAUCACAUUAUGUCAAGUGGGUAGCCUGGUCUUGGUUUUUAUCCAUUUUUGAUUUGCCCAUUUGCUAACACUUUUCUAUAGUUUCUUCAAUGUCGAAAAGACCCAGAUUCGACCAGUGACAGCUCUUCAGAUUCAUUAUGCCCAACCCGGAGGAAUCACGGGGCAUGUUAUGCUUUUCUGCAUGAUGUUGAUGUACACAACGUGAGUCUUGCUCUCGCCCGGAGAUUGAGUGAUUUUUUCUCACAUUCACCUAGUGCCCAUCACAAAAUUAGACAGCAGUGCUUCGAGGCGUUCUGGUAUACGCAUCACCUCGCACUUAUCUUUUUCCUGGCCCUCUAUACCCACGCCGUUGGAUGUUUCGUCCGUGACACGCCUGAGCCAUACUCUCCCUUUGCCGGAAACAUCUUCUGGAAGCAUUGUAUCGGAUACCAGGGUUGGCGAUUUACCCUCUGGACAUUUGCCCUUUACUUCCUUGAGCGAGUAUGGAGGGAAGUCCGAGCACGGAAGCAGACGGAAAUAACCAAGGUGGUCAAGCAUCCGUAUGGAGCAAUGGAGAUUCAGUUCAGCAAACCAUCUAUGAAGUACAAGUCCGGGCAGUACCUUUUCCUUCAGGUCCCAGCUGUGUCUCGAUUCCAGUGGCAUCCAUUUACUAUCACUUCUUGCCCAUCGGAUACAUACAUUUCCGUCCAUAUCCGCCAAGUUGGUGAUUUCACCAAGGCACUGGGUGAGAUGCUUGGCGCUGGUUCAGAUGCACCGGGAAUGGAAGGGCUCGAUCCCUACGGUGAAUACGAAGUUGCUGUGCGAAAUGGGAUGAAGAUGCCUACUUUGAGGAUUGACGGACCAUACGGAGCACCAGCUGAAGAUGUUCGUACAGGGCCACUGAUCCCCUCUUCCUUUUCAUACUGACAUAUCGUUGUUAGGUGUUUGAUAAUGAGAUUGCUGUACUUAUCGGUACCGGCAUUGGUGUCACACCAUGGGCCUCCAUUCUAAAGAACAUCUGGCACAAGCGUAACAAUCCCGGCUCAACACCAUUGCGACUUCGUCGUGUAGAGUUCAUCUGGAUUUGCCGUGAUAUUUCGUCGUUCGAGUGGUUUCAGAAUCUUCUAUCCUCAUUAGAACGGCAGGGCGGCGCUAAGGAUAAGGAGUUCUUGAGGAUCCACACGUAUCUCACACAGAGACUCGAUGUAGAUACGGCUCAAAACAUUGUACUCAACAGUGUCGGAAUGGAGGUUGAUCCCUUGACGCAGCUCAGGACCGGAACACAAUACGGUCGCCCUGAUUUCCCCAAGCUCUUCACGACAAUGAGGGACGGGAUCAUGGAUCAAUCAUACAUCGCUGGAUUGGAAGGGACAUUGAGGACAGACGUUGGUGUAUACUUCUGCGGACCCAGCGCUGCGGCAAGAGGCAUUCGAAAGGCUUGCGUAGCAGCUUCAACACCAGAAGUUAACUUUGGCUUUUGGAAGGAACAGUAUGUUACUCCCGAUACAAAUGUCAAAUUAUCGAAUUGUGCUGACAUUCUGGUAGCUUUUAAACCAACACUAUCCUCUCCUCCGAUGAUCCUCUUCUGAUCUGUCUCUCUGUAUCUCCGAUUUGCAUGUUGGCAUUGCUGCCGCCGCAGCGGAAGAAUUUCCUUUAUUUCUCAAGAACCUCUAUGGGUGAUAAGCAUAAAUAGUUGAGCGUUGUUUGGUGUUGUAUUUUUUUGUGCUAUUGUUGAGGUGAUUAUGCUGGUUCUUUGAAUAUGUUAUGACGCUCUUUCAUUUUUCUUUCUUCUCCACUGUGUUAGUCACAGCAUCUCGGAUGAUUCCGAGAUGGAUAUUAUUUUAUUCCCUGAAUAAGUUCAUGUAAUUAGUAACUUUGAUACCCAGACAGUUUGCUUAUUGAGGGGGAUUUUAUAUAGUUAGAUACUUUGUUUGCGGGUUUUGUAUCAUGGCGGGAAUAAGACUGAUAGAGGAAGUGGCUUUGGUGGCUUUGAAGGAAAGAAUUUUGAAUGAGACUUUUAUCA